GAAGGUAGCUUUUGCCAUUCCUACCAUCUCGAUGGGAUCAGGGCACUUGAGGGCCCUGAGAGCCGGGCUGUCGAGGCCCCGCCCCGGCCCGCUCUUUGUGACGCGUGGGCGGCGCCCGCGUGCGCCCCGCCCCGCCCUGCCCCGCGCCUGCGGCUCUGUCUGCGGCUUGGCCCGUUAGAGGCGGCUUGGGUCCGCGGAACGCGGGCGGAUCUUCUGCGGCCAUGAGGAAGCCAGCCGCUGGCUUCCUUCCCUCACUCCUGAAGGUGCUGCUCCUGCCUCUGGCACCUGCCCCAGCCCAGGAUUCGACUCAGGCCUCCACUCCAGGCAGCCCUCUCUCUCCCACCGAAUACGAACGUUUCUUCGCACUGCUGACUCCAACCUGGAAGGCAGAGACUACCUGCCGUCUCCGUGCAACCCAUGGCUGCCGGAAUCCCACACUCGUCCAGCUGGACCAAUAUGAAAACCACGGCUUAGUGCCCGAUGGUGCUGUCUGCUCCAACCUCCCUUAUGCGUCCUGGUUUGAGUCUUUCUGCCAGUUUACUCAGUACCGUUGCUCCAACCAUAUCUACUAUGCCAAGAGAGUCCUGUGCUCCCAGCCAGUCUCUAUUCUCUCACCUAACACUCUCAAGGAGAUAGAAGCUCCAGCUGAAGUCUCGCCCACCACGAUGACCUCCCCCAUCUUACCCCACUUCACAGUGACAAAACAGCGCCAGGCCUUCCAGCCCUGGCCUGAGAGGCUUAGCAACAACGUGGAAGAGCUCCUGCAAUCGUCCUUGUCCCUGGGAGGCCAGGAGCAGGCGCCGGAGCACAAACUGAAGCAAGGAGUGGAGCACAGGCAGGAGCAAGGAGUGGAGCACCCGCAGGAGCCGAUGCAAGAACACAAGCAGGAAGAGGGGCAGAAACAAGAAGAGCAAGAAGAGGAACAGGAAGAGGAGGGAAAGCAGGAAGAAGGACAGGGGACUAAGGAGGGACUGGAGGCUGUGUCUCAGCUGCAGACAGACUCAGAGCCCAAGUUUCACUCUGAAUCUUUAUCUUCUAACCCUUCCUCCUUCACUCCCCGGGUACGAGAAGUAGAGUCUGCUCCUAUGAUGAUGGAGAGCGUCCAGGAGCUCAUUCGAUCAGCCCAGGAAAUGGAUGAAAUGAAUGAAAUAUAUGAUGAGAACUCCCACUGGAGAAACCAAAACCCUGGCAGCCUCCUGCAGCUGCCCCACACAGAGGCCUUGCUGGUGCUGUGCUAUUCGAUCGUGGAGAAUACCUGCAUCAUAACCCCCACAGCCAAGGCCUGGAAGUACAUGGAGGAGGAGAUCCUCGGUUUCGGGAAGUCGGUCUGUGACAGCCUUGGGCGGCGACACAUGUCUACCUGUGCCCUCUGUGACUUCUGCUCCCUGAAGCUGGAGCAGUGCCACUCAGAGGCCAGCCUGCAACGGCAACAAUGCGACACCUCCCACAAGACACCCUUUGUCAGCCCCUUGCUUGCCUCCCAGAGCCUGUCCAUCGGCAAUCAGGUAGGGUCCCCAGAAUCAGGCCGCUUUUACGGGCUGGAUUUGUACGGUGGGCUCCGCAUGGACUUCUGGUGUGCCCGGCUUGCCACGAAGGGCUGUGAAGAUAUUCGAGUCUCUGGGUGGCUCCGGACCGAGUUCCUUAGCUUCCAGGACGGGGAUUUCCCUACCAAGAUUUGUGACACAGACUACAUCCAGUACCCAAACUACUGUUCCUUCAAAAGCCAGCAAUGUCUGAUGAGAAACCGGAAUCGUAAGGUGUCCCGCAUGAGAUGUCUGCAGAAUGAGACUUACAGUGCGCUGAGCCCUGGCAAAAGUGAGGACGUUGUGCUUCGAUGGAGCCAGGAGUUCAGCACCUUGACUCUAGGCCAGUUCGGAUGAGCUGGCGUCAGUUCUGUCCGCACCCCAGCCCAACCUGCCUACAUUCUUUAUUGUUUUUAGACCCCAUUGCUUUCAGGCUGCCCCUUCUGGGUCUGUUACUCGGCCCCUACUCACCUGUCCUUGGGUCGGAGCAACAGUCCCAGAGAGGCCAUGGUGGGAGGCGCGCCCUCCUUAAAAGAUGACUUUACAUAAAGUGUUGAUCUUCA